GAUCUUCUAUUUAAUGACAGUUAUGCAAUAUAAAUAAUACUAGUACAACAAUUACAUAUUAUUGCUUAGAGGCAAUAAUCAGAUUCAGUACCUAUGGCGUCUUUUCAGGCUUUUGCGCAUGCGUUAAAAUCUUAAGCGUUAAUAAACUACUAGACUGUAAUCCAGGUAGUUCGCUUAAAUUGGUUGUUUAAUAAGCUCAACUAAUUAAAAGCGAUUUGAUUGACAGCUGGUUCGUGAGGCAAAGUUGGUUAAAAUGAGGAGAUGUGACAUUUGGUAUGACGGAUUUUAUGCUUAUGAAUAUAUUAGUAUAAUAAUUAUUAACAGGAAGAAUAAAAAUCAAAGGAUGCAUUUAACAUGGGUAAUAAAUCAAAUUCAUAUAUAUAACAUUUAUAGUGAUUAAUAUGUUGAUAGUCUUUAUAUAGUUUUUUUAUGGUUUGGUCACAAGGGAGUGAGCCAUAACGAAUUAAUAAUUAUGACAUUUAUGAAUUAUGAAUUAUUGCAGCGGAACGAAUGUCCUCGCUACACCUGACCAGGUAAAGCCAGCAGGUGUGAGGCAGAUACAGACGCGCGCGGAUCUCUGCCCCGCCCCCCGCUGUCCGUGCGCGCCUGUGAUUGGUCCACACCUGUGCGCUAGCAGAAACCCCGCGACACCGGGGCGAGGUGAGACUGUCCCGGCUGAACUCUGGACAUGACCCCUCGCGCGCGGAGCUCCACGCAGAGACUCGUUUAGGAUCUGAAGGAGUCUGGAGUCUCAGGAUGAUGCGUUUCUUGCUGCUGUUCAGUCGUCAGGGGAAACUCCGGCUGCAGAAAUGGUUCACGGCUCUCAGCGAUCGCGACAAGAAAAAGAUCAUAAGAGACGUUACACAAAUGGUGCUGGUGCGACCGCCGAAGUCCUGCAACUUCCUGCAGUGGAGGGAUCUGAAGAUCGUCUACAGGAGGUAUGCAAGUCUGUAUUUCUGUUGUGGUUUGGAGCAAGGAGACAAUGAACUGCUCACACUGGAGCUUCUGCACAGAUACGUCGAGCUGCUGGAUCAGUACUUUGGCAAUGUGUGUGAAUUAGAUAUUAUUUUUAACUUCGAGAAGGCAUACUUUAUCCUGGAUGAGUUUAUUAUUGGUGGAGAGGUGCAGGAGACAUCCAAAGCAUCUGUGGCCAAAUCAAUGGAGGAGGCGGAUUCUCUUCAGGAGACGAUGGAGGAGUAUGUAAACAAACCCACAUACUGAAGAAACAUGUUCAGAUCAACACAGCCAUCACCUCACUCCUCAAAGACACAACAGCAAGAACUUCAAAUGCUGAAUGUAUUUAAUUGAGCUUCCAUACAGAGUCACAACACUGAAGUAGCAACACUUUGCAUUAGUAAGCAUUUUAAACUACUUUUGAGAUAGUGAGAAUACUAUUCUUAAAUUAUAGGAGUUUAAUAGGUAGGACAUUUGGUUUUUGACAAUCAGGAAGAGAUACACUCAUGUACACUAAUGGAGUCAGUGUGUAUAUAUAUAUAUAUUUUAAAUAGACAUAUACUUUCAUUAAUCAAAGACGCAUUAAAUUGAUCAAACAAAGACAUUCAAAAUGUUAAAAAGAUUUCAAAUAAAUGUAGUUUUUGAUUUCCGAAAGAUCAUGUGACACUGAAGACCUGAGUAAUGAUGCUGAAAAUGCAGAAAUAAUUAAUUUUUUAAAAUAUGUUCAAAUAGAAAUGUUAUUUUAAAUUGUAAUAUUUCUCAAUAUUAUGGUUUUUACAGUAGUGUAAUUGUGGGAUAUUUGAAUACUCUGUGAAAUUACCCCUCUGGUUUCUGUUCAUUGUGCUGUUAAUUUUAUUUUGAUGUAAUUUUUAUUUUGUGCAGAGUUAUUGACCCAUUUGUUUUAAUUAAAUAAUAAAAUGCAUUUUAAUAACAAUUUAGACUUUUUUUGAG